CCAGCCAGCCACCCUCUCCUUCAAAAACGGCCAACACCCAUUCUAGGCUCUCGCCGUCCCCCCUCUCAUUCUCUGCAAAAACUGUUUAUUUCACAAGGCGGUUCUUUUGAGUUCUUCGUUUUCUUGUUGAUUAGAAGCAGAACUCGGAAGAUUUUCGUAUCUGGAUUUUCUCCAUUGAAGAAAACGAGAUCUUGGCGCUGUAAUCGUUUUCGGUUUAACGAAAAAAAGAUAAAAACAUCCAUGGCGACGAGAGGAUUCGUGCUUUAUCUUCUUUCAGGAUUUUCUCUUGCGAUUCUUUCUGUUUUCUUCCUCAAUAACUCUACUGAGAGAAGCCCAUAUCAGCCUCUUGCUUUUUCUGCGAACUCAACUCUAUUGCUUGCGUCUUAUGGAUCAUCAAAUCCCGGCAAAGAAAAAGUUUGGCCUAAUUUGGAGUUCAGUUGGAGAAUUGUGUUGGCGACGAUGAUUGGAUUUCUGGGAUCUGCAUUUGGAACUGUGGGUGGGGUUGGUGGCGGAGGCAUUUUCGUACCAAUGCUUACUUUGAUUGUCGGAUUCGAUACAAAGUCUGCUGCUGCUCUUUCCAAAUGUAUGAUAAUGGGGGCAUCAGCAUCAUCAGUUUGGUAUAAUCUAAGAGUGCCGCAUCCAACAAAGGAAGUACCCAUCAUAGAUUAUGACUUGGCACUUCUAUUUCAGCCUAUGCUCAUGCUUGGCAUCACUAUUGGUGUUGCCUUGAGUGUUGUCUUUCCUUAUUGGCUUAUCACUGUGCUGAUCAUUAUACUCUUCAUAGGGACCUCUUCAAGGUCUUUCUUUAAAGGGAUUGAAAUGUGGAAAGAAGAGACAAUUUUGAAGAAAGAGAUGGCCAAGCGACAAGAAGCUAUAGUAAAUUCCCGCGGUGAACUCUUAAUUGACGCAGAGUAUGAACCUUUGGUACCUAAAGAAGAAAAAUCAGAACUACAAAUUGUGUGUUUCAACCUUAGGUGGAAAAGGCUGCUAGUGUUGGUGGGUGUGUGGUUCUGUUACUUACUAAUUCAAAUUGUCAAGAAUAAUACACCUGAGUGCAGUACAUGGUACUGGGUCCUGUUCUCUUUGCAGCUUCCUGCAGCAAUUGGAGUAUUUGCAUUUGAAGCAGUAAAACUGAACAAAGAACACAAGAAGAGAAUCAGCACAGGAAACACCGAAUCAAUUUGUGAGGCUUCGAUUGAGUGGACUCCGAUGCACCUUGCAUUUUGUGCACUUUGUGGUAUCAUAGGAGGAACAGUUGGGGGUCUCCUGGGCUCAGGAGGAGGUUUCGUUCUGGGGCCAUUAUUGCUUGAGAUUGGUGUUAUCCCUCAGGUUGCUAGUGCCACAGCAACAUUUGUGAUGAUGUUCUCUUCAUCUUUAUCUGUUGUCGAGUUCUACCUUCUCAAGAGGUUCCCUAUUCCCUACGCUUUAUACCUAACGACAGUGUCUAUCUUAGCUGGUUUUUGGGGACAAUACUUUGUAAGAAAGUUAAUUACAAUUCUUAAGAGGGCUUCCCUGAUUGUAUUCAUCCUCUCCGCUGUCAUCUUUGCCAGUGCUCUCACAAUGGGAGUCAUUGGUAUCGAAACAAGCAUCAAAAUGAUUCGUAAUCAUGAGUUCAUGGGAUUCUUAGGAUUCUGCAGCAGUCAAUGAUCAUUGACAAUGAAUGCAAGAAGAAAACGCGACGGGGAUGUUGGCCAAUUCCUAGUUGACCAGCACAAUAAAAAAAAAAAAAAAAAACAAUGGUAUCAAUAUUAGAUUCUGGACUCUUGAAAUGAAGAGAAGAAAAU